AUGAACACCCCACAAUCAAAAGAAGCUGACAUAAAUAUUAGAGGUGUAAGAAUGCUCACUGACAAACUGGAAGGCUCAAAUCCUUCUCAGCCUCAGGAGAAGAGGAACCUAAGCCUGGUGGAAUCUAGCUCAUCCAGACAAGAAAAUCACAGUUCCCAACCAAUCUCAAUUACCAAGGAACCCCAGGAGUAUAACAAAGGGAAGGAGAUCAUUCACAUCUCAGAACAGAACCUGGAGCAAUCAACAGAAAUGGAUCAUCAGAGUGUCAUCAAGAUCCCAACUUCUACCCAAAAUAUCAUAAUCAAGCCAAUAAUCCCUCGGGAACCUUCCCAAACUAAGCUUAAGACCUGGAAGAGAACAGGCACAAAGGUUGGCAGACUCCAGAGGAAUCAGAAUGAGAGCACCACUCCUACCCAAGGAGUCAAAAGACACAGAACCAUUAGACUCCAGGAUUUCCACUGGGUUCCUGGGAUUAGAGGAAGAGCACUAAAAUUCAAAACAGGCCAAGACAAGGGACAGCUCAGGGUGAAUGAACUCUUUACCAAUGAAGGUAGAUGGGAUGAGGAGAAAAUCAGAGCUCUGUUUGAUGAAUAUGACUGCACAGAAAUUCUCAAAAUCAAAUCAGUGAACAUGGAUCAACAGGACACUUGGAGCUGGAAUUUUGGGGCUCAAGGGAACGAUGGUAAUGAGGGAUUGAGCGACGAGGAUGAUGGUGACGACGAGGGAUCACGAUGA